CCCAAGCCGAGGCGGCCGGACUUGCCUCGCCGCGCCCGCAGCGCAAGCCGGGCCAUGACUGGCGGCAGCGGCUCCCUUACGAGCCCCGCAAACGCCCUUGCCGUGCCUGCCGCCGGGGAUGCCUGCUAGGAGAGAGCAUGAGGAAAUGCAGGGUGCACCGGAUGGUCCUGGCCGCUGGCCUGGGCUCCCUGCUCUUGGUGUUCUUCUAUUUCCAGAGCAGCCUGAACCCAGCUGCAGAAGACAGGAUUUUGAAGACCAUCUGGCAUGGGAAGUCUGGUCGAAGUCCACUCCAGGCCCUUUACAACAAUGAAGAGUUUGAGCAGUCCUCUCUGCAGGCGAUUCACCAACGCAGGCGGGAACUGCUGAGCAGCAUGUGCAAUCGGUACACACGCAAGCGGCGCCUCCUGACCCCUGAUGACUUGCGCCACCUGGUGGUUGAUGAUGUCCAUGGGCUGCUGUACUGCUACGUCCCCAAGGUAGCUUGCACGAACUGGAAGCGAGUCCUGAUGGUCUUGACAGGACAAGGCAAGUACCAGGACCCGCUGGAAAUCCCAGCCAAUGAGGCUCACGUCUCGUCCAACCUGCGCACACUAUCUGAGUACAGCAUUCCUGAGAUCAACUACCGUUUGCGUAACUACCUCAAGUUCAUCUUUGUGCGGGAACCCUUUGAGCGGCUGGUCUCGGCCUACCGCAACAAGUUCACCCGUAGCUACAACACAGCCUUCCACAAACGCUACGGGACCAAGAUCAUUCGCCGGCACCGCCAGGACCCGAGUGACGAGGCCCUGGAACAGGGCCAUGAUGUUCGUUUUGAGGAGUUUGUGUACUACUUGCUGGACCCACAGACCCAACACGAGGAGCCUUUCAAUGAGCACUGGGAGCGGGUGCACUCCCUGUGCCACCCCUGCAUCAUCCACUAUGACGUUGUGGGCAAGUACGAGACACUGGCCAGGGAUGCCAGCUACAUCCUGCGAUUGGUCGGGGCAGAUGCAGGCAUCAAGUUCCCCUCCUCAUCCAAGACCACGAGGACCAAUGACGACAUGACCGCUAAAUUCUUCCAGAACAUCAGCCCCUUCUACCAAAGGAGGUUAUUUAAUUUAUAUAAAAUGGAUUACUUGCUCUUCAACUACACUGUCCCUUCUUACUUACGCAUCCGGUGAGGCUGGCGACAAGAGGCCUCUCCCUCCACGCUUCAUUUCUGCUUUCUGCUGUCGGCCGGUGAACCAGUAGGGAGGGCACGCGUCACACUUCCCUUUUCCACCCCUGCUGUGAUGGGCAAGGUAGCAUGGUACCAGUCUCUUACUCCUGCAGUCACAGGCCUCUCUUCCCUCUCCCUCUCCCAAGGGAAGGCACCUAUUCUUCUCUAGCUGCACUUCUUCCUAUCCCUCAACCAAAGAGUACUGUUUCUAGGAAUCACGGAAAUUGCGACAUUUUGUCAGGGGACUCAGCCUGGAACAAUUGGAGAAGCAAUAAAAAGAACGGAUUCUUAAGUGCUUUAAAAAACAUGUGUAAUAAAAAAUUCCCUUGAACUGCUCUCCUCAUAGAUUGAAGAAGGGAGAAUUGUGACCCCACAGUGCUUUUUAUUGCGAACCGUGUCCUACUGUAUGUUCUGUGAGACAAAACCCAUCCCAUCUCCACUCUCCUUCCCAACCCCCCUUCAGCUGGCACUUGACGGAUGCAGGCAUUUUCUUUGGAGCGGCCCACCCCUUCUACUCCCAUGCGAAUUCCAUUGGCACGAGUAGAAAUUGCACUGGAGCAGUGCUUCCUUCGUACAUUGUCCUCUGGGCAUUGCAUGCGUGUGUGACUUGUGUGCGUGAGUGUCCCAACCUCAUGUAAUAUUUAAUUAUUUCCCCCAACCCAUAAAAAAGAAACCCCUCCUCAAAAGUAUUUUAUGGAGGUUGCUCAGCUUUUUAUGUGUCCUGCAAAACAUGGUCCCAGCUCAGCUGAGGCUCCAGAACCAGGCCUAUGGGUUAAACCAUUGAAGGGGGGCCAACUUGAAAGGCACGUGGCAAGAAAAGGCCAGAAAUGGUUUGCUGUCGCCCCAUGAGGAAAAGUCAGCUGCACGAGAUUUUGUAUCUCCGCAUUGUCCUCCGGCCCAGGGGUCUGCUGUAGCAUGUGGCCUGCCAGAUGCUCCAGCCUGCAGCUCCCGUUAGCCCUAACCAGCACAGUCAAUGAUAAGGGAUGAUGGGAACUGUGAACCCAACAUCUGGAGGGCCACGAGUUGCCAGCCCUGCCUCACAUUAAGCAUGGGGCAUAGCAUUUGCAGCAGAGCCCCUUGGUCAUCUUUUCCUGUGCAAAAGAGCUGCCUGCUUUUCAUGGGGCAAGUUCAGCCCUGGAGAGUCCAUUUAUGUUACUGCAACGCCCUUGAAAACUUGAGGAACACUCCUGAAAUGAGUGGGUAGGAAGCCUUAUUCCUUCAGGGAGUGGGCCUGUGGAGGGGUGUGUGUGUGUGUGUCUGUGUGUUAGCCUGGGUAUGGAAAAGCAAGAGGGGGCAUGUAUAACUGAUAAGCCAUUGCCAUUGUCAGUCUUCUUAGCUUUGGAGCAUCUGUACUUGAAAAGACAAUCUCUGCAUUGUAAAUUUGAUUCAGUCCACAUGCGCAGUUUUGCUUAAAUAAAACAGCCUUUUUGUCUCUA